AAACCCCAAACGUGAAAGCGCUGGUGUUUCUGCUUGUUUGUUAUGGUUGUGUAUGUGUGUGUUUCGGGAACACAGAUGCAUCAGUCUGUCUUAAUUUAUCCACGGCCGCAUCUUCCCAAUUUGCGAUAGUUUCGAGUGAAGAACAUGUGAACUGAUCCACACAAUUUUACUUAAAAAUGAACGAACGCUUCGUAUCAUUGGAGAUAUUUGCUUUAGGCCUAACAACAACUUUAGGUCAUCUUGGAGAAGUUGCGGUCCCUGUCGUAAAACGCGGGCCUCGGCAGGAUUGAACGUUAAGCCGUCCCUUCCUCAAGUCCUGCCUCAUGAUAAGCGAGGCGGCUUACACGAAGGUGUGCACAACAUUGCCUUCUGUCGACGGAGACCUUCGAAGGAUGCCGCAAGUGGUGAAAAAGUGGCAAGUGUUCCCGGGAAGGAACAAAUUUUACUGUGAUGGACGACUUAUGAUGGCAAGGCAAACUGGCGUCUUUUACGUCACUGUGGUGCUUAUCGUUGGAACUUGCACGCUGUUUUUCGUCUUUGAUUGCCCCUAUUUAGCGACCGAGAUCAGCCCUGCGAUUCCAGCUGUUGCCGGUUUCCUCUUCCUGUUUGUCAUGUCCUCCCUUUUUAGAACGAGUUUUAGUGACCCAGGGGUCAUCCCCAGGGCCACCACCGAUGAAGCGGCGGAUAUUGAGAAACAAAUCGAAGUACCCAAUGGAUCGAGCUCCCCAACGUUCCGUCCACCUCCCCGCACUAAAGAGGUGGUGGUCAGCGGUCAGACGGUGAAGCUCAAGUACUGCUUCACCUGCAAGAUAUUUCGGCCGCCCAGAGCUUCUCACUGCAGCCUUUGUGAUAACUGUGUUGAAAGGUUCGACCACCACUGCCCGUGGGUGGGGAACUGUGUAGGGAAAAGAAAUUAUAGGUACUUUUACAUAUUUAUCAUCUCCUUGGCGUUCCUGUGUGUCUUCGUCUUCUCCUGUGUCAUCACGCAUCUCGUCUUUGUGGCACGUGACCAAGAUUCCUUUUUAGAAGCCAUAAAAAAAUCUCCUGCCAGUAUCGUGGAAGGUGUCGUCUGCUUCUUCUCCGUCUGGUCCAUUUUAGGUCUGGCCGGAUUCCACACGUACCUCACUACUUCUAAUCAAACCACCAACGAAGAUAUCAAAGGUUCUUUUUCCUCCAAGAGGGGGCAGGAUGUAUAUAACCCUUACAGCAGAGGGUCACUUCUAAGCAAUUGUGCUUCUGUUCUAUGUAGCCCUGCGCCACCCAGCAUGAUCGACCGUCGCGGAGUGGUCAUCCCGGAAAGUGUCCCGGUCGUGAGAGACAGCUACGGCACGGUGAAGACGUUCCACGUGCCCCCUCGGGUCACUGCUCCGGCACCUCCGUUGGACUUGAAAGUGAGCCACGUGGCGUACAGUGGACCGGGUCAUACGGGUCGUUCUACGCUGCCGCGUGCCAACGGGACGGCUCAUCCGCGGGACACUUCUUAUCAGAACCUUGGUUCACACGGUGACGUGACUUGCAUCGACCACUCGUCAACUCUCCCCUUCGCUACUGGGCGGGCAGGCAACAUCCCCGUGGCCGUGGUCCCGCCCCAGUCCCGGUACCCAGCUCAGCUCGGCUUGACCACCAAGGGUCCCCUGCCGGACAGCAUCGACCACGAAUUCGGAGUGGACGCUGGUAGUCAGAUGUCGCUGCUCAAGCAGAGCUCAGUCUGAACAGAAAGAAAGGGAGGUCCCAUUUAGAGCAUCGUUGAAGCAUCUCAGAAGGGAUGUCUUUAAAUGGGUACUUGAGCGCUUCUGUAGUGCACUGCCUGCGUUACCUACAUUUUAUUAGUUACAAGUACAAUUGCAUCAGUGGACAAGCAGUGGACCCUAAGGAAAGAAAUACCCGAUUGGGUAUCCAAGUACCCAAACACAGGGCCAUGUACAUAAGAAAAGCCAGAGUACCGAAUCUUGGAGGGGUACCUGACCUGAAACAUGCUGCAGAGUGGGGAUUGCUUUUUGCUGACUCAGAUGUGGCAUCUAAUUGGUCAUUCAAGCAUUUCUCAAGCAACAAUGCUCUAGUCGUCUGUGUAAGUAUGCCCCGCAUACAAGUGGACAGUUGACAAGUGGUACCCAUUACGAGUACCCUGUUGGCGCAGGUCUUGCGUUGUCCGUGCACAUCUUGGGGCUGCUCAAGCGUAAGAAAACUCUUCGCAUGGCUACCUUAGCCCGUGCGCCAUUUCACAGAGUUAGUGUGACAACAUGCUCACAGAAAACAGAGCGACUAACACUUCGCACGUGCGUAUGUGCCGUUAUGUGUUCAAUCUGGCCUCGUUUGGCUUCCCAUUGUAAAUGUUGAAAACAAAGGCACUUUGGACAACGACUUUUUGGGACGAGGGGGGGAGUUCUCUAUACUGCUGGGGGAUCACUUGGCUGGGUCACAAAUACAAUACUUUGUCUACUAAUGGACUACUUCUUGCUGUGAUGUAGUUUUAAGUUCUGUCUGGUGUUGACACGUCUGCCAUCUUCACGGUACGUACCUUCGUUAUGAGUGCAGCUUAAUUGAAGAUAGCAAACAAAAUAUUUUCUGUCCGGCUUUUUGUAAGGGAUAGCUCAUUAAAUCGAUUUAGAAGUGUGCAUGUGCGCGAGGUAAAAUGGAAAUCUUUUUAUUGCUGUUACCACUCGAGCAUGAUAUUUGAGCAUGUGCGUAUUAUAUGCUUCACCACUGGCGGUACAUUAGAGAAGGAGUGCGCAAAGGACGGAGACUCAAAGACGUGGCUAAGUUGUGACGAUAUGUUUUUUUUUGGAACAUAUUUAUGUGGUUUUCUGUUUCGAGAACUGCUCUUGCGUUAUGGCGAUACGAAUGUGUACAGAAAUUGCAGUGUACUAACUCAGGUUUGGAACAAAGCAAGCAAGACUUCUUACAGACAGAGCUAUCUACUGCUGCUCAAGUGCUUUAGAAUGUGAAGUGUGCAAAGUUAAUUUAUUGCAACAGGUGCCUCAAAGUAUAAGAAGAUGUUAUCCAUCUACAAUGGUUUGGCAGCCUUCUCACAAGACUUUUGUCUCAUGUUCUUCCUCUAUUAUUAUUAUUUUUGUCUCGUCUUCUAAUGUUUACGCCUGUCGGUCAUCCGGAGAUCUUGUGACAUAUGUUCCUACGUUUUUGUGAGCUGCACGUUUGAAAGAUUGUGUAGUACCUGUGCCACACAGGCAGAACAAAUGACAUUAUAGUCUGACGCCAUUACGGUCCCGAAUGGCAUUAUUCGCGAAGGUCGUGCCGCACGUGUAAUGACAUUAGAUGGCACGAUGUCUGUGCUGCCCCUUUGGCGAAAAGUCAUGGCUCCAGCUUUUCUUUCAUGAAAGAAUACUCGUGCAACCUCAAAUUAUGAAAUAGUCUUGUCCUGCAAGAAUGUCCUUGUGACGAUCUCAUUAAGCAGAAACUGUCAUCCAGACAAAUGUCAUUAGAUAUCUGUGGGUGGCACCAAAGACUUAAGGCAUUAAGCACUUAAUCUCAUUUUUUGUGCCCGUGUGGCAGGGGGACCUUUUGGCUGGAAUACAUUUUUUUUUCUUUCGCUUUCGUUAAAUCAUUGGAUUUCAGUCUCGCAAAUUUAUUCUAGCAUCUCUCAUUAGAUUCUUUCAGACUGCACGAGUUGCGCGCAAGUAUUUUGACCAAGUGUUUGUUGCCUGGCUGUGCAAAAUAAAAGGACUAUGACAUUCUAAAUGUACGGUGUCCCUCUGCUGUUACAUGUCCUUGGGUAUCUUUUGAGUCGUUUAACAGCCAUAAGCGAACACAGACGUCUGCAUGCCAUGUAUUUUUACUCUGCAUUUACAGAGCGGAAGUGCCAUUAUUCUUUACCCAGUAGACGCUUCAGCGGUUCAGUUUUGUGACGAAAAGUUGACAAAUUAUGGCAGAAUUUCUUUCAUUUUCUCGAUUUGAAAAUCAUCUCUUGGAUAAACUAUGGUAUAAAAGUGUUGAAAGAAUGUAGUAGUUGUGAUUUUUUAUUUUGUACAAAUGUCGUAUUUAUAUGCUUGUCUUUGUGUAUAUAUAUAUAUAUAUAUAUAUUGAUUUUUUUCUCUGUGUAAGUCAGAACGAACAGUUCAGCAUCACAUUUUAAAUGCCAGAAAAUUGUGGUGUGUUUAUCGAGGUAGUAGAGAGAGAAAGAAAGAAAAUGACUCGUUGUGUAGCCAAAGUAACAUUUAACGAAAACACAGAUGCAGGGCGUUUGAGGAAUCAAGUAAGCAGUGUUAGUAAAUAAAAAUGUGUGUGUCUGUGAGUGUACAUAAAUAUUAAUGUUGCAUAUUUGAAUGUAUAUAAUUUUACAUGCGGCUGUGUAGAUAUUUUUGUGGAAAUGGUGGCGUUGGUUUUUAUGGCAUCAAACUUCCUCGUUUAAGAGUAUGACAAUAAAGUAUAUUGAUAUAUUUAA